AACAUAUCAAAUUUAAUGAGUUAGACCCAAAGCACUUCCUUUGUAAACAUGUCAGAGGAACAAGAGAGCGUAGACUUCUCACGGAUCCACACAGGUGGAGGGUAUUCUUCAGACUUUGAUUCCGAUGCAGAGAGGGAUAAAAGAUCCAAAAGGUAUGACCUGAUUCCACAGCAAACAAAAACUACAGAAAAAGUCGCAAACAAACGGGAACUUGAGGACGAGUAUGGCAGGGAAGAAGGCAAAAUUCAUAGAAUGCAAAUUCUUAGCAUGGAUGCAUACACACGACAUAAGAAGUAUGUCAAUGACUACAUCCAGUAUUAUGGAGGAUCAGAAAAAUUCUUCAAAAGAGAUAGUUCGAAAGACAAAACUGACUUGGACGUGAUCAAAGAAAACCAUAAAUUUCUGUGGGACGAUGAAGAAGCCGACACUUGGGAGAAAAGGUUGGCAAAGAAAUACUAUGACAAGUUAUUCAAAGAAUACUGCAUCACAGAUCUCAGCAGGUACAAGGAAAACAAGGUUGCCAUGAGGUGGAGAAUUGAAAAAGAAGUUGUUGAAGGGAAAGGUCAUUUUAGUUGUGGAAACAGAAAAUGUGAUGAAAAGAAUGGACUGCGAAGUUGGGAGGUUAAUUUUGCAUAUGUUGAAGGCGGCGAAAAGAAAAACGCACUUGUUAAAUUAAGACUGUGUCCAGAUUGUUCAUACAGAUUAAACUACCACCACAAAAAGAAAGAAAUUCUUCCAAAACAAAGGAAGAGGGACAAACGAAGUGAAUCCAAGAACAAGAAACACAAAUCUCGCCAUGAAAGCCCCACACCAGAUACAGAUGAAGACAAUUCAGAAGCUUCUUCAAGUAAACAAAAAGAGACAUCUAGUGAAGAUGAGAAAUCCAUUUGGAGUGGUCCAGCCAAAGUGUCAGAAGAGAAAUCUAGGGAUGAAGAAUUUGAAGAUUAUUUUGAAGAUAUGUUUUUAUGAUUAAAAUAUUAAUACAAUUUG